AUGAUGACAUUCUCUUCAUAUGAAGGGAAGCAACAAUUGACGACGGCUGAUACAGGUUUACCACAAGUUUUUUGUUCUAUCAACUCUGACAAGCCCUUGCCAAUCUUCUUCAACGAAAAGGUUCUUUUUCCAAGCUUGGAGGAAUUGAAGCUUUCAUCCAUUUGCAAGUUAAAGAGGAUAUGGCACAAUCAACUCCACGGACAGUCCUUCGGCAAACUUGCAUCCCUCACAAUCGAACUUUGUGAAAAUCUAUCACAUGUUUUUCCAUCAAAUUCUACAGAUUGGUUGUGCAGUCUGAAUAAACUUAAGGUGGUCGAAUGCCCAUCCUUGGAAGAAUUAUUUGAGCCGGUAAGUCUCAAUGCUGAGAAAAGGCAAAAGCCAUUGGUCCUCUCUGCAUUAGAAAAAGUGAAGCUGUUGAAUCUACCAAAACUGAGAGACAUUGUGAAGAGUAACUGCAAAAUAACCUUAGCGUUUCCCAGUUUGAUAAAAGUGAAGGUGAGGCGUUGUCAUAGUUUGCCAUAUCUAUUCUCAACUGCCACGGCCAAAACUCUAGAUGAACUUGAGGUGCUUGAUGUUUCCUGUUGCGAUAACUUGCGGAGCAUAAUUGUGAUGGAAGAAGGAAAAGAGAAAAUCAUAGAGACAUUGAAAUUCCGUCAUUUAAGCACUCUCAAGCUUGGCGACCUCAAGAACUUGAUUAGUUUCAGCUCAGUGAGUUGUGCUAGUGAAGGGUUACAUCCUCUAUUUGACGAGAAGCUUGCAUUUCCAAAGUUAGAAGAGCUACAAAUAAAGGGAAUUCAACUGAAAGAACUAUGGCACAAUAAAAUCCUUGCGGGGUCAUUUUGCCGUCUAAAGGUCCUUGAGGUGAAGCAAUGUCACAACCUAUUGAAUGUGGUUCCUUCAUUUAUGUGGGGGAGACUGCUUCAUUGCGUAGAGUCCUUGACAGUGGAGUCAUGCAAUUUGAUAGAAGGCAUACAUACCCUCGAAGGCCUCGGUUUCAUGGAAAGAGAAGCUGCAAGAAACAGUCCAUUGAGAAAGCUAUCUUUAUGUGAUCUCCCUAAUUUGACACGCAUAUGGAAGAAUGGGGAUUUGCUGAAUCUUUGCUUUCACAACUUGACUUCUAUAAGAGUUGAGGGGUGCCCGCAUUUAAGGAACAUUUUUACAAUGUGUAUGGCGACUAGUCUGGGACAACUCCAACAUCUUGUUCUAGGUGGCUGUGAAGAGAUGGAGUACGUUGUAUCUGGAGAAGAGGAGAAACCCAAAGAAGUAGCUCAUAAAAUUUUAAUUCCUCAACUUGUCACUAUGUAUCUACACAACAUGCCAAAACUCAUAAGCUUCUGCCAGGGGAAGCAUAUUUCAGAGUGGCCCUCCUUGAAGGAAUUUACUGUUGAAGAUUGCCAAGCAGUGGAGGUGAUUAUAGGAGAUGCCAGUUGUAAAAAACCAGAGGGCAACGUUGCAGCGCAGCAACCGCUUUUGCUGGUCGAAGAGGUUGAGUUUCCUGAAAUGGAGUCGAUGAAGAUCUCACAUAUGGAUAACAUGGAGAAGAUCUGGUCGGACGAGCUUGCUUCAAAUGCUUUUAGCAAACUCAAGACGCUAAUAGUGGAGUAUUGUCCCAGACUUUCAUCCAUAUUUUCACCCAGUGCUACCCUCGUAAGAUUCCAAAAUCUAGAGAAGUUAACUGUGACCAAUUGUGAUGCACUGGAAGUGUUAUUUCACAUGCAAGAGUUAAAUAUGAGUGGAGCUCAUUUCACAAGCAAUUUUCAAUUGAAUGAAUUAUUUUUGGCGUGGCUCCCAAAACUGAAGCACAUAUGGAGUGGACUUCCUCAAGGAGAUGUUACCUUUGGACGUUUACGAUGCAUGAGGGCUGAGAGCUGUGAGAGUCUCCAAAGUUUAUUUCCAAGUCCAGUGGCAAAAACUAUGACACAACUUGAAGAACUUGUAGUAUGCGAUUGUGGGGUAGAGAAAAUUAUAACGGAGGAAGACGAAGGAGGAGGGACAAGUGCAGGUGAUCUCUUCUUUCCACGAUUGACCAAACUGCAAUUAUUGGAGUUGCCAAAACUGGGAAGCUUCUGUAGCAAUAGUCAUACUUCAACAUGGCCAUUCUUGAAGGAGUUGCAAGUGAGACACUGUGGCAAAAUGAGGUCAAUCUCAUUCAAAGGUGAAAUCCAAAGCUGCCAAGGUAGUACUACCAGCGAGAAACAACAUGCACUCUUUUAUAUGGAAAAGGUCAUUCCACAAUUGGAGAAAUUAAGAUUAGCGAGGGAGGAUGUUGUGAUGAUGCCGCAGCAAUACGUCUUUGGCAAUCUCAGAGAGCUGCUUUUGGGAUGCUACCACGAUGAAAAUGUCGUCUUUCCCUCCAACUUCCUUCUCCACGGUUUCCCCAAUCUAGAAGAGCUUUCUUUGGAUUGUAGUUCCUUCGAGGUGAUAUUUCCAGAAGAUGCGUUUGGACAUGGGGGCGUGAGUCUGAAGGCUCUUGGAAAUCUUAAGCGACUUCGGCUGACUAAGCUACGUAAUUUGAGACGAGUCCGGAAAGAUGGCUUCUUGAUGGCUGAAAUCCUCAAACAAAUUGAAUAUCUGUACAUUUCUGAGUGCCCUCGUUUAUCAAUUGUAUUUCCAACUCCAACUUCAUUCCAUAGCUUGACAGAACUAGAAUUAGAGGAUUGCGACGGUUUGGUUCAUGUGGGGACUUGCUCAGCAAUGACGAGUCCGGUGCACCUUACUCGGCUAAUCCUAAGAAAUUGUGCUAAAAUGGAAGUCGUGGUAACAUAUGAUGGAAAUGGAGCGGAGGAGAUCUCUUUCUCCAACUUGGAAGUGCUGAUACUCGAUCUGCCCUAA